AUGGCCAUUGCCGUUCGCCGCCCAUGGUUGGUUGAUGCUGGCACACGCCAUUCUCUGGAAAGUUUACGCUGGCCUAAUCAGGAGAGAUGGAUCAUUGACCACAUUGAAUUGGUAUAUCAAGAAGGCUGGCUGGGCGAUGUCAAGUAUCGAUGGAAUGGAAUUAGCCUCAUGCCAAGACUGCCCAAAUUCCCCGAAUGGAACGUAAGGUACAGAGAAAAUCGCGACAACUUCACUCACAUUAGCAGCGUCUCUUGCGUCAUACAGACCGAAUACAUCCAGAAAUUACACUCCUUUCCCCUCUCUCUCCCUUUUGUCCCCUCGCUCUCCACCGUUCUCGAAUCCAACACGCUCCCUACACCUCCUUCCUCAAGACUUUCGGCCACUUACAAGAAAUACGACAAGGUACACGGGAAGGUCAGUUACAACAGCAACGAUCCGGGAAAGGGCAAGAGCAGACAAGUGACAUAG